AUGGCAGGUGUCACAUCGGAUUCUUCACAGGAGACGAUGAGUAAACGGUGGAACCUCGCCGGCAUGACGGCGCUCGUCACCGGAGGAACCAAGGGGAUCGGGCUUGCCAUCGUGGAGGAGCUGGCCGGGCUCGGCGCCAAGGUGCACACCUGCGCACGCAACGCCGCCGGCCUGGACAAAUGCCGGCGGCGAUGGCAGAGCAAGGGCCUCCACCAGCUGGUCACCGCCUCCGUCUGCGACGUCUCCGUGCGCGGCGACAGGGAGGCCCUCGUCGCCACGGUCCGCGACCUCUUCCACGGCAAACUCCACAUCCUCGUCAACAACGCCGGCCUGUCCCUCUACAAGGCGGCCGCGGACACCACGCCGGAGGAGUACGCCCGUCUCAUGGCCACCAACCUCGACCCCUGCUUCCACCUCUCCCAGCUCGCGCACCCGCUGCUCCGCCAGGCCGGGGCCUCCUCCGUGCUGCUCAUCUCCUCCGUCACCGGCUACAUCGCCUACCCGGCGCUCUCGGUUUACUCGCUCACCAAGGGGGCCAUGCACCAGCUCGCCAGGAGCCUGGCCGCCGAGUGGGCGACGCACGGCAUCCGCGUCAACUGCGUCGCGCCGGGCGGCAUCGACACCGAUAUCUCCACCACCACGCUCGCCACCGACCCAACCAUGGCACGGAGGCUCGCCGACAUGGAGACGGCGCGGGUGCCCAUGCGCCGCUUCGGCAAGCCCCACGAAGUCGCCGCGGUCGUCGCCUUCCUCUGCAUGCCCGGCGCCGGGUACAUCACGGGCCAGGUCAUAUGCGUCGAUGGAGGACGCACAAUAGCAGCCAAGCUAUGACAAUGCACAUGUAACCGUGAGAAGCUGCAUCCAUGGCUAGAAGCUAAGUUUUGUUUGAUUAUUAAGAUGAUUCAGAUUGCCAGUAAUCACUUGCACCAUGCUCCCGAUGAGUUUGCAAGGGAAACUGAGGCAAAACAAAUAAAGCACAGACAAAUCUCAUCUCGGUUAUUUACUCGACUUGCAAAACAACUAAUCUGACAAGUUAUUGCUGCUUCAAAUAUGGGAGAAAACUUAGCUUGUCAUGGGCAUAUGUCCAAAACAAACCCCAACAGAGCACAACAUAUUUAAUUCACCACAAAUUAUAUAAGUUGGCCUACACAACACAUGAUCUCAUCAUGCUAGCAAAUAUGG